CGAGUUCCGGAAGCCACAGCCCGGCGUCUACUUGGUUGCUCUGGAGCCGAGUCGCGUGGCCGCCUCCCCGCUUGCUUGCCUCCUGUCAUGGGGAGCAUUGAGAGCCGCGAGGGCCGCAGGGUGUCCUUCGGAAUGGACGAAGAGGAGCGGGUCCGGGUGCUGCAGGGCAUCCGGCUAUCUUUGGUGAUUCAGGUGAAGAUGGUUGCUCUUCAACAUUCAGACUCCUCACUGUGUCCAGCCUUUUCCCUUCCAACUUCUCUGCAGCUCUUCCGUAGUCAUUUCCCCAUAUACCCUCCUGGCUAUAUCACCUUUACCAUCAUUCAUUGUUCCUGUGAGGCAAGUCUGGGCCACUGCUGAAGGGAAGACCAAGGAGGAUGUGGUAAGAUAUGCAAGAAACAGUCCCCAAACAUGCCAGUACCAGAGAAGCCACAUGCUGAGCACUUCACCCAUAACUAGUUUAUCAACUCAGCAAAUGCUUACCGUGACUGUUACUGGCCAGGCAUGGGGGCUGGCCUUACAGAGAUAAUAAGGGACAAAGCACAAGGUCCAUGCCUUCAUGGAGACCACAGCCCAGGAGCAAGGACAGAACAAAAGAGAAAAAAGAGUCAAGGAAAUAAAAGAAUUACAAGUGCUGUGAAGGAAACACAAAAUGUGCAAAGAGUAAUGGGGCCACCUGCUCAAGGGAUGAUGGUCAGCUAAUGCUGCUCUGCAGAAGUGACUUUGAAGAUGUGCCUGAGACAGCCAGGAGAAGUGUGCACAUAUUUACUCUUUGCUGAAUGUUUUAAGAGCACAAUGUCAGAUAUCCCCCAUGCUAACCUUGUGAGAUAUCAUUAUCCAAUUUCAGAGGUGAGGAAACCAGUUCAAGGAGGCAAAGUAACCCAACGUCACAGCAAGUUAGUGGUAGGGCUGGAAGC